AUGGAUAAAUUUGGACUAAAAGCACUGGUACCCCUUGUGAGGCAGGGAGAUCCUGAGGUUGCCUCGAAAUACGACCAUUCUAUGGCACUGGGGGCAGAUUUAUCGUCCAUGCUGCAUUCUCUCGGUAUUCCGCGAGACUCUAAGAGACAGGCAGUUCUGGCUACCUUCCAAUCGCCCUGGGCUGAGACAUCCAGAAGUGAGGUUGAACCCACUUUUUACAUACCGGCAUCGUUUCUGGGUAUUGACGAAGUAUUGCAAUCGGAAAGCACGCCGCCCUGUUUCGACUCUGUACAACGGGAUCAACAGCGCGUCGCAUUGUUUCAGGACGAGACCCUUUUCUAUCUCUUCUACAAGCAUCCAGGUACAGUAAUUCAAGAACUCACUUACUUGGAACUGAGGAAAAGGAAUUGGAGGUAUCAUAAAACGUUAAAAGCCUGGUUGACAAAAGACCCGACGAUGGAGCCUGUGGUGUCGCCGGAUGGUUUGAGUGAGAGAGGCUCCUAUGUUUUUUUUGAUCCUCAAAGAUGGGAGAAAUGCCAAAGGGACUUUUUGCUGUUCUAUAAUGCCAUUAUGUAA